GCCGCCGGAGCCCCGGCGGGGAGGAGCGGAGGCGCCCGGGGCCGGGCGGCGGCCGCCUCGGAGCUCCCGGUGCCGGCGUUGUUCGCUGCGGAGGAGGGUUUUUCAGUCUGCUAAAGGCACGGUGGAUAUACUAGGAUGGACACAGAGGAAUUCCCUCCACCACCACCAGAAGUUCUAGAGCAUGAACCAAAGGCUGUGGGUACAAAUGCUGAAGAGGAGGAUGAGGGAGAGCAGUUUGACUUUGACAGUGGAGAUGAGAUACCAGAAGCAGACAGGCAAGCCCUUGUGCCACCUUCUGCUGGUCCUGGAAAUAACAUGGAGCACCAGGAGACUAAUGCCACAGGUGCUGGUAAUUUAGAGAUCAGUGAGAAGCUGCAAGCAUCAGAACCUGUUGCAGGAGGCACUCCAGCCAAGGUCAAUCCCUACUCAGUCAUAAAUAUUUCACCAAUACAAGACAAAGAUCCAUCCUCAUCGCCAGAACCCAGUCCUCAAGAAGAAUGUGCAAGUCCAAACUUGAGUGGAUAUUCAGUUCCUGUCCCCUGUGGCUAUGCUGUGCCAUCUAAUUUACCUUUGAUACUGCCAGCGUACUCCAGCCCUGUCAUAAUACGCAGUGUUUCUGUAGAAGAAGAAGGUACUCAGUCAGCAACUGAAGAAUGUCAUUAUAAUUCUGUAAACUCGGAGGAACCUCAAAACAGUGAAGAUAACCAGGCGAAGAGAGAGGAUGAUGCACUGGCCAAGUGGGUUGCAGAUCCUGCAAAUACAGCAUGGAUGGAAAACCCAGAUGAAGUAAUUUAUGAUGACGUGCCCAGAGAAAAUUCAGACUCUGAACCAGAGGAAAUGAUUUAUGAUGAUGUUGAAAAUGGUGACGAUGGUGGAAACAGUUCACUGGAAUAUGGGUGGAGUUCAAGUGAGUUUGAAAGCUAUGAAGAGCAGAGUGAUUCUGAGUGUAAAAAUGGAAUUCCCAGCUCGUUUUUGCGAGGCAACCACAAGAGACAUCUUUCACAUGACCUAAUGCGUUUAAAGGAGCAUUAUGAGAAAAAGAUGAAAGAUUUGAUGGCAAACACUGUGGGAGCAGUAGAGAUUCAGCAACUAAAGCAAAAACAUGAGCUGAAGAUGCAAAAGCUUAUGAGAGCUGCUAGAGAAGGUACCAAAGAUGGGCUUGAGAAGACAAAAGCAGCUGUGAAAAAGGGUCGUUCUUUCAUUAGAACAAAAUCUUUCAUUUCUCAAGAUCAUAGAUCAUCAUGUCUGGAAGAAGAGGAGCUAAAUUUAUUUAUUGAUGUGGACUGUAUGCAUACAGAAGCAAUUAUGACUCCUAUGCCUGAAGGAUUAUCACAGCAGCAGGUUGUGAGAAGGUAUAUUUUGGGCUCUGUAGUUGACAGUGAGAAGAAUUAUGUGGAUGCUCUCAAAAGAAUCCUAGAGCAAUAUGAGAAGCCCCUUUCAGAUAUGGAGCCAAAAUUACUGAGUGAAAGAAAACUCAAAAUGGUCUUUUAUCGAAUUAAGGAAAUUCUUCAAUGCCAUUCCAUGUUUCAGAUUGCGCUGGCGAGUCGUGUAUCUGAGUGGGACUCUGUGGAACUGAUUGGUGAUGUCUUUGUUGCUUCAUUUUCUAAAUCUAUGGUAUUGGAUGCAUAUAGUGAAUAUGUAAACAACUUCAGUACAGCAGUAGGGAUUCUCAAGAAAACAUGUGCCACCAAACCUGCCUUUUUAGACUUUUUAAAGCAGUGCCAGGAGUCAAGCCCUGAUCGAAUUACACUGUAUGGUUUAAUGAUGAAACCUAUCCAGCGCUUUCCACAGUUCAUUCUACUAUUGCAGGAUAUGUUGAAGAACACUAAUAAAGGACAUCCCGACAGAUUACCUCUACAGAUGGCUCUUACAGAGCUAGAAACACUGGCAGAGAAAUUAAACGAAAGGAAAAGGGAUGCAGAUCAGCGCUGUGAAAUAAAACAAAUAGCAAAAGCAAUGAAUGAACGUUAUCUGAACAAGCUACUCAGCAGUGGAAACAGAUACCUCAUCCGAACUGAUGAUAUGGUUGAGACGGUUUACAAUGACAAAGGAGAAAUUCUCAAAACCAAAGAACGACGGCUUUUCAUGUUAAAUGAUGUGCUGAUGUGUGCAACAGUAAAUAUUCGCUCUUCCUAUGAAAGCAGUGGCACUGUGACAACUGGCCAGAGGUACUUACUGAAGUGGAGUGUACCGCUGGGACAAGUGGAAGUCAUAGAGUAUGGCAGCAGUGAGGGCCAAGGAGACAACUGCAGGUUUCCACCCCAGCACUCUGCUGAGAAUGUCGUCAUUAACUCAAAGCCAAACAAGCUCUAUAUGGGACCAGGGCAACUGUACCAUGAUCUGCAGAACCUUUUGCAUGACUUGACCGUAGUUGGUCAAAUUAGUCAAUUAAUAGGCAGCCUUAAAGGAAACUAUCAGAAUUUAAACCAAUCUGUAGCCCAUGACUGGACCUCAGGUUUACAGAAACUGAUUUUGAAAAAAGAAGAUGAAAUCAGAGCGGCAGAUCGCUGUAGAAUUCAGCUGCAACUCCCAGGAAAACAAGACAAGUCUGGGCGGCCCACUUUCUUUACAGCUGUGUUCAAUACAUUUACCCCUGCCAUCAAACAGUCCUGGAUCAACAACUUACAAAUGGCUAAACUGGCCCUUGCUGAUGAUAAUCUGUUAGGUUGGUUCUGUGUAGAAGAUGAUGGAAAUCAAAUCAAGAAGGAGAAACAUCCUCUCCUUGUUAGGCACAUGCCAGUGAUGAUGGCCAAGCAACAGGAGUUUAAGAUUGAAUGUGCUGCUUAUAACCCUGAACCGUACCUCUCUGGAGAAACAGAGUCAGACUCCUGUGCCAUGGAACACGGUUUUCUUUGGAUUGGCAGUUGUACUAAUCAAAUGGGCCAGAUUGCAAUAGUCUCAUUUCAAAACUCCAGCCCCAAGGUUAUUGAGUGCUUCAAUGUGGAAUCACGGAUUCUCUGCAUGGUCUACAUACCACAGGAAGAGAAAUUGAAAGAGCAAAAUAAGGCUCUAGACUUGGAAAAUGUUCUUGCAAAAACAUCUAAUGUUCCUACUAUUUGCCUUGGCAUGGAAGAAGGAAGUAUUUCUAUUUACAAAAGUUGCCAAGGCUCAAAGAAAGUUCGACUUCAGCACUUCUUCACUCCUGACAAAUCAACUGUUAUGAGCUUAACAUAUAUGUCUCGAUACUUGUUUGCUGGCUUGGUAAAUGGAAACAUCUCAAUCUACACAAAAGCAGAAGAUGGGACUUGGAACACAGAACCUCAGAAGAUAGUUAAACUGGGGGUUCUGCCUGUUAGAAGUCUGCUUGUGAUGGAGGAGACCAUUUGGGCUGCAUGUGGUGGGCAAAUUUUUAUAAUCAGCACUGUGACACAUUCCAUAGAGAGCCAUUUUGAAGCCCAUCAAGAGGAAGGGAUGGUCAUCUCCCACAUGGCUGUUGCUGGAGUGGGAGUCUGGAUUGCCUUCACAUCUGGAUCUACGCUUCGCCUGUUCCACACUGAGACACUGAAACACCUUCAAGAUAUUAACAUUGCCACACCUGUUCACAAUAUGUUACCAGGGCAGCAACGUGUUUCUGUGACCAGCCUCCUUGUGUGCCAUGGCUUAUUGAUGGUUGGAACAAACCUGGGUAUAAUAGUAGCAUUACCAGUGCCACGCUUGCAGGGGAUUCCCAAAGUAACUGGAAGAGGAAUAGUGUCGUAUCAUGCACACAGUGGCCCAGUCAAGUUUCUUGUAACGGCUGCAUCUAUAAACAAGAGGAACAGAAACAAAAUGCGGAACAGCCUGCCUGCUGGCUCAGAACCUAAAGAUGAUGACCAAAAGAAUGUUCUGCACAAUGAAAGACCAGGUUCUUCCCUUAGUAAUGCCCAUGACACAGCAAUUUGGUUGGGGGGUUCAGUAGGAUCCAUUGCACAAAAAAGUGACUUGUCAUCAUCUUCUGGAUCCCUUACUAUGUCUCAUGGAUCAAGUUCCCUAGAACAUAGGCCAGAAGACAGUAACAUUUACGAGCUUUUGAAAGAUCAAAACAUCUCAUUUAAAAGUAAAAGACAGAGAUCAAAAAAAAUGAAAGCAAGUUCAGUAUUAGUCAUUUCUGGUGGCCAAGGACACAGAAGAGUGAACAAGAAGAUCAAGCAGCAGCGACAAGAUGAGCUAGUGUCUUCAGUGAUGGUCUGGCAAAUUCCACUAUUAAAUAUCUAACUGAACUAAAUCCAAGACACCUUCUGCUAUUAAAAACAUCUGAUACCCUUUUACAGCAGAUGCCACCUUAGGACCCAAAUGGAUAGACUUUAUGCACCUGGAAGCAAUUUCAGCAGGCUGUGAUCACAGGAUUAAGAGUUGCAAGAUAGUCUUUACAUACUUAGAAUAUUCUGCAGUAUUAGAGUAUCAGAAAUGUUCAGUCAUUAAUGCUGUCCUUGAUACUUAGAACAGAAAGGAUCUGUUAGACACUUUUAAAUGGUUUUAGAAUCUCUACCUUAUUUAUAUUCACAUUUAUAAAUAUCAUAAUUAUGUUCGAUAGCACUUAGAGAAGGCAAGGAACACAUGCCACGUCUCAUGCUGGUUUUUGCUGAUGUAAAUCAGCUGUUGUUUAUUUUUCCAAGUAGAUUUUAACAAAUUAGAAAAUAUUUUAAAACAAUAAAUAGUCUAAUGCAAGCUAAUAAUAAUUUGGUAAUUACUAGAAUAGUUUGUAACACUGUAUCACAAGCCAGAGCUUGGUCUGGACGAAAGUAGUUAUAUUAAUUGAUUGGUAUUUGUUUAUUUCAACAUAGAAAAUAGAUUUUAAUUAUUAUUAAUAUUUCUAAUGCUCAGUAUUAUUAAAAAUGUUGCAGUACAAAAUGCAUUCAUGUUCUUGGUAGGUGCAAUGUGUCUGUGACUCACCUUCAUUACACAGAGAAAGUUCAAAAGAUGCUAUAGUUUACAGAAAACAGAAAAUACAGGUAUAGGGCAGCUGUGCAUUCUAGUGCUGUUAACCCAUUCUCCCCAGCAACUCAGUACCAAAGCUAGACAUGGACUAUGCCAUUUUGAAGGCAGAUGUGCAUCCAGUAAAUUGAUAAUGAAACUGUUAACUGGGGAGAAAGAUACUAAUAUUGGAAUAUCUAUAGGAAGUGCAGGGUAAUCACUGUGAGUGUAGGCCCUACCUCAAUUGAUUUGUGCUGUGUCCUCAGGCAAAUGCCAGUCAAAUUAUGUCACAGCACAACAGCAGAGAUAUGGUCAUAUCUUAGUGGUGGUCACCUCUUUCCAGACAGAGUUUCAGCAAAACGUGGUCACAUAAAUGGAUAUUGUGAAAAUAACAUGCACAGCUUCAUUCACUCAGUUGGGGAAGCAGUUGCUUUGGUAGUGUUAGGGGGAUGAGUUCUAAAGAGAAAUCUAAUUGUCAUUUCUUAAUGAAUCUGUGUAUUUCCAAAAGAAACUCUGAAUUUGGGAUUCUUACUGAAAUUCCUUUUUGCACUACUGACUGCACAUGUGGAAUACAAGACAAAGCCUUCAGCUCACACAGAUGUUGUGAUGAGACACAUCCUGCAGUCAAAAUAUGUUUAAUACAGAUAACAUGUUGAACUGAGUCACUGGAAACUUCCUUUUCCCUCAUCAAUAGACUGAAAAAUGCAGAGAAAUUAGGAUGAUUAUGUUUCUGCUGAAUAUGUAAAGAACUCUAAUACUGCCCAUCAGUAAAAUGCAAAUUAAAUAUAUCUGAAGCAGAACAUUUGUCAGAUAUAUGCAGUGAGUAGAAUCAAGUAAAACUUCUGGUUGCUUUCGUACCAUAAUUAUUACAUAUCCUGCUAAGGAAAGUUAUUUGGUACCAUUGAAAUUAUUUCUGCUACUUCUAAAACAAGCUCCUUGGUUCCACCUUGUUUUGUUUCAAUCUGCCUAUUUUAAAUCAACAACAACCAUAAUUAGAGUGUUUCCCAGCAUGUGACAGUUCAAGGUAAACAGUACUUGAGACUGAAUUAUUUUGUUUGAUAUGGGAUAAAGUUUUAGUUGGGUUGGGUUUUUUGGUUGUUUUUGGUUUUUUUAUAGUAAUUUUUACUAUUAAGUAUUGCUGAAAUUUAUUUUCUUUAUUUUGCAGUAGAUAUGUGUAUAUCUUAAAUUUUCAGUCUGAAUUUUCAGAACACCAGAGUAAGGUCAGGUCUUCCUGCCAUCUUCCAACUAGUACAUGGGACAGAGGGAAUGCCAGCACAAUCAGUCUUUGCCUUCUAGGUGGCACCAAGAUAGGUAUUUCAAAUAACAGAUCAGCACCCUGGUUUCUUCUUAGGGGUUUUGCCCACACCCUACAUUCCUAUGAGAACAGGUUUCUUGAGCCAUAAUAGCACAAAUUUCAAUGAGUCAUGAAGGACACUUACUACAGAUGGGAUUGUAGGCUUAGGGUCUUCAUUAUUGUUCUGUGCUUUUAUUCUGUGUCUUUUGCUGUGUAUCUUGCGACUUCAGUUUAUCCAACUGUCAGUGUUAGCAUGGGCUUAGGAUUGGCAUGAGUCCUGGUGCAAGAAAAAAAAAUAGGGCAGAGUGCUUCUAAGCCAAGCAGCUGGCAACAUUUCCCCAAACUUUUCCUCUUCUCCCUGGCUUAUUGCCUGGGCUUGCCCAGCUUGAGGGAUCAAGGCCAGUUGCAUUUUCUACACUCUUCCAUAGCUAUGGCCCUGGGAGCUGCUCUUUGCCCACUGUGUGGAAGUACUACCUUGUACAGUUUAAUGUAUGUAUAUUGAAAAACAAGUUAAAAGAUUCUUCUGUGUUUAAAGCAUAUAUAAUCUAGUAUCCUUUUGCUACACUGCAGUAAAAAGACUACAGUUUUUUUUCUGCAUGCUUCUUGGAUGUGGGAUUCCACGUCUGUGCCUUCAGGACUACUCCCUUGUGGAUCUUUAUCACUAGGAGCAAUAAGCAGAGUCCACCAUACAUUCAACUGGAAAUCUAUACAUGGCGUUAUUACAGGAUCUGCUAGGAGUAAUACAUGAGAAUUUUAAAGUGAAAUUCAUCCUAUCUACUGGCUGAAAUGUAAGUUUCUUCAGUUUUAUCAAUAACACAGUAGAAACAAAGUACAACUCUGCUCCUCUGUUGCCAGCAUGACUUCAGUAAGAGCAGAACUGGGUCCCUCAUUUGCGUUAUGCCAUUUUGAAAAUAUGUAUCUAUUUAUCUUACUAACCUGUAAAGCAAAAAUGAAGCUGUAUGUCUUUAUAAAUAUACAUUGACAUGAACUAGGUUUUUAGUAACUAACUGAGCACAAGGUGCAAUGUUCGUUUUUUAAUACUCAGCUAAUUGGUGUUGCCUUAUGGAAACAGGCAGAAACCAAAGUUUCUCUUACAGCUGGCAAAUAGUCCUUAUAGCUGUUGUAGACUGUGCUGAUAGAUAGGUUGGAUUUUGCAUUCCGAUACUGCUUUUCUAGAUAAAUAGAAGUUAUGGAAAAUACUAGGAAAAGAGGGGCGCAAGUGUAACCACUAUGAUAUCUAUAUAUGUUUUCUAACACAUAGUAGCGUCUUUUAUAACAUGAGCCAUACAACUUGUGUAUUUAUGUUCAAAGUAUAAACUGAGAGAAAUAUUUAAUAAAAAAUGUGAUAAAAAUUAA